CCCGGAGCACCAGGCGCCCACGAGAACGCUGUUCUCCUCGGCUUCCGGGCGCACGCUUUUCUGUUGCCGCCGACAGACCGGAAUUCCCGGUGCCUCCGCAGCGGCCGUCCGUACGCCCAACUCUGCUGCCGCCAUGGGGAUCUUAGAGAAGAUCUCGGAGAUCGAGAAGGAGAUCGCUCGGACGCAGAAGAACAAGGCCACUGAGUAUCAUCUGGGCCUGCUGAAAGCCAAGCUCGCCAAGUAUCGGGCCCAGCUCCUGGAACCAUCCAAAUCCGCCUCAUCCAAAGGAGAAGGCUUUGAUGUCAUGAAGUCGGGCGAUGCCCGAGUGGCGCUGAUUGGAUUUCCCUCUGUGGGUAAGUCUACAUUCUUGAGUCUGAUGACCUCCACGGCCAGCGAAGCAGCAUCCUAUGAGUUCACCACUCUGACGUGUAUUCCUGGGGUCAUUGAAUACAAAGGUGCCAACAUCCAGCUCCUGGACCUUCCUGGAAUCAUUGAAGGCGCAGCCCAAGGAAAAGGCCGUGGCCGGCAGGUGAUUGCUGUGGCACGCACGGCCGAUGUCGUCAUCAUGAUGCUGGAUGCCACCAAGGGAGAGGUGCAGAGGUCUCUGCUGGAAAAGGAGCUGGAGUCCGUGGGCAUCCGCCUCAACAAGCACAAGCCUAACAUCUACUUCAAGCCCAAGAAAGGCGGCGGCAUCUCCUUUAACUCGACAGUCACGCUGACCCAGUGCUCGGAAAAGCUGGUGCAGCUCAUCCUGCACGAAUACAAGAUCUUCAAUGCAGAAGUGCUCUUCCGAGAAGACUGCUCCCCAGAUGAGUUCAUCGAUGUGAUCGUGGGCAACCGGGUGUACAUGCCCUGCCUGUAUGUUUAUAACAAAAUCGACCAGAUCUCCAUGGAAGAGGUGGACCGCCUGGCCCGAAAACCAAACAGUGUGGUCAUCAGCUGUGGCAUGAAGCUGAACUUGGACUACCUGCUGGAGAUGCUUUGGGAGUACUUGGCCCUGACCUGCAUCUACACCAAGAAGAGAGGACAGAGGCCGGACUUCACAGACGCCAUCAUUCUCCGGAAAGGGGCCUCAGUGGAGCACGUGUGCCACCGCAUCCACCGGUCACUCGCCAGCCAGUUCAAGUAUGCCCUGGUAUGGGGCACCAGCACUAAGUACAGUCCGCAGAGGGUGGGCCUGACCCACACCAUGGAGCAUGAGGACGUCAUCCAGAUCGUGAAGAAGUAAUGGCGCCUGCCAGCCCUCCAGCCCACGUGCCUCAUCUCCUUGGGGCGUUGGUCCUACUGCAACACCCAAACACCCAAACAGAAAAAUACAAAUACACACACCCCAGGAAGGGGUUCCUCAAAGUCUCUGUAUUUCCAGAAGUUUCUUCAGUAGGCAGAUGAAGAGUGCAUUGGGGCAGAGGGGUUCGGCUGGAGGCAUUUCCCGUAAGACUGAGGCCUCUCGGGGUGGGGUUUGAGUUUGGAGUGCUGGGCCUGCAUCUGUGCCCCCGGCCCCUGUGCUGAGGGAGCAAGCUGCCCACCUGCCUACCAGCCGGGGCCUAAAGCAGAUGGCAUGUUCAGUGCCAGGCAGGAAGCUGGGCCUGCCUGAGUCCCUGGAGGCUGUAGCUGCCGUUACAGCACCUCCCUCCCUCAGCUCCUGCUGGCUUCUCUGACACUUGGGGUGGGGGCUUUUCCAGGAAGAAACCCCCUUGGGUCCUCCACUCAGGGCUCUCCAGGAUUAGAAGUAGAGGUUAGUGGCUUCAAAGGCCCAGCUGACAUCCUCCACAGCCUAAGGGGUGUCCAAAAGUGCCUCCCCUUCUCUGACCCUCCCAGGGCAGCCCCUGCCCAGCACAAAACCCCCAGACCCUGGCUCUGGGCCAAGGACUUUUGAGUUUAGAAUCUGUUUUCUAAGUCCCCAGUUCUCCUGGCUCUCCUUUCUGAAAUAAAGGAUUGAAAACCGUU